CGUCUUCUUCUCUUUCCCUUCCUCUUCCUCUCUCAUUCCUCUAUCCAACUCUGUCCCAUCUUUACCUCUUUUCCCCUCCACCGUCUCCAUACAGCCAAUCCUUCACAAUGGCCUCCUACGCCCUGUCGCAGUCCCACCGGGAGCAAAUGGAGAAGACUCUCGUUGAGAGCGAUCCCGAGAUCGCCCAGAUCAUGGAGAAAGAAAUCCAACGUCAGCGUGAAUCCGUGGUCUUGAUUGCCUCCGAGAACUUCACCUCCCACGCCGUCUUCGACGCUUUGGGUUCUCCCAUGUGUAACAAGUACUCCGAGGGCUACCCCGGUGCUCGUUACUAUGGUGGCAACCAGCACAUCGACGCCAUUGAGCUCACUUGCCAGGCUCGUGCUCUCAAGGCCUUCAACCUCGACUCCGCCAAGUGGGGUGUGAACGUCCAGUGCCUGAGCGGCAGCCCUGCCAACCUGCAGGUCUACCAGGCCCUCAUGCGCCCCCAUGAUCGUCUCAUGGGUCUGGAUCUCCCCCACGGUGGCCAUCUGAGCCACGGUUAUCAGACUCCCUCCAAGAAGAUCUCCGCCGUCUCCACCUACUUCGAGACUUUCCCCUACCGUGUCAACCUUGAGACUGGUAUCAUCGACUACGACACUCUGGAGAAGAACGCUGAGAUGUACCGCCCCAAGUGCCUGGUUGCCGGUACCUCUGCCUACUGCCGUCUGAUCGACUACAAGCGCAUGCGCGAGAUCGCCGACAAGGUCGGCGCUUAUCUCAUUGUCGACAUGGCUCACAUCUCUGGUCUGAUUGCUGCUGGCGUCAUCCCCUCGCCCUUCGAGUAUGCCGAUGUUGUCACCACCACCACCCACAAGUCUCUGCGUGGCCCCCGUGGUGCCAUGAUCUUCUUCCGCAAGGGCGUGCGCAGCACCGACCCCAAGUCCGGCAAGGACAUCAUGUACGACCUGGAGGGUCCCAUCAACUUCUCCGUCUUCCCCGGCCACCAGGGUGGUCCCCACAACCACACCAUCACUGCCCUCGCGGUUGCCCUCAAGCAGGCUGCCACCCCCGAGUUUAAGCAGUACCAGGAGCAGGUGCUCAAGAACGCCAAGGCCCUGGAGGAGGAGUUCAAGACCCUGGGCUACAAGCUCGUGUCCGACGGCACUGACAGCCACAUGGUUCUGCUGAGCCUCCGCGACAAGGCCCUGGACGGCGCUCGUGUCGAGGCCGUUCUGGAGCAGAUCAACAUCGCCUGCAACAAGAACUCCAUCCCCGGUGACAAGUCGGCUCUGACCCCCGGCGGUAUCCGUAUCGGUGCCCCUGCCAUGUCCUCUCGUGGCAUGGGUGAGGAGGACUUCAAGCGCAUCGCUCGCUACAUCGACCAGACCGUCAAGCUCUGCAAGAAGAUCCAGAGCGAGCUCCCCAAGGAGGCCAACAAGCAGAAGGACUUCAAGGCCAAGGUUGCCUCGGAGACUGUUCCCGAGAUCCUGGAGCUGCGCAAGGAGGUUGCCGCCUGGGCCAGCACCUACCCUCUGCCCGUUUAGAUGGGUCUGAGCUGUAACUGUUUUCUUAUGUUCCUUUCAAUUUAUCUCUUUUUCCUUUUGUUUUUCUUUGUUGAUUUGAGUUCAACAUCAUGCGAGUACCAAAAUGGAUUGUUGGGUUGCGUUUUUAAGGGGUUUAUACAGGUCUGAUUUUUCAACAUGGGACAUGGAUAUGCAUCAGCAUGAACUAUAGCACUGGGAUGGUUUCUUCAACACAUUUCUUCAACAGGACACACCAGGGCUCACGUGGCUUUUGGUUAUUACCCUCAAACAACCUUGAGGUAGUUAGAACAAUUAAUGAUUCAUGAUUAUUCAUGAUUUG